AUUCCUAUGUUAUUUCCCUGUAUAGUAUCUACUUAACACUUCGUUGAAACAGAGGGAGCUAAAACCCUAAAACCAUGAGACGAGCUCUUUCUUCUUUGUGCUCUCGCAAUUUCCACCUCUCUCAAAACUUCAAAUCAAAUCUGAAUUAUAUCAACAGCAGUGGCAGUAAAAUCAUACACUCCCCAGUUGUUUCUCAUUUCCCUUCAAAGUUUAGAUUCUUCUCAUUAUCAGAAAAUGAUUCAUCGAAUCAGAACGCAUCUGAACCCAGCCCUCAGUCCCAGACUAUCUUGGCCGAACCCACAAAGAAAGAGGUCUCUCUCAAUGUUGAAGAUAUCAACAAUAAAGAGUUGAAGACGCGGAUUGAGGAGUACUUCAACAAAGGCAAUGAAGAGGCUCUUCCGUCAAUUCUUGAAGCAAUUUUAAAGAGGAAAUUGACGAGAAAGCAUGAGCAUACAGAUGAUGAGUUAAUGGAGGAGCUUCAAAUGAAACCCCUGGAUGAUGUAAAUGACCAAGAGUUUGAAUCAGAUUUCGAGGAUGCUCACUCCACUGAUGAAGAGAUUGAAGAUUUGUAUGACACAACGGAUUUAGUGAAAAGGAGAAUGGCAUCUGAUCAAUUUUUCAACAUGGAUGAUAGAAAGUGGGAUGAUAUGAUAAAAGAGGCUACCGAGCAUGGGUAUCUUAAGGAUACGAAGGAGUGUGAGGAAAUUUUGCAGGAGAUGCUUAGCUGGGAUAAAAUUCUACCUGACGAAAUUAAGAAGAAGGUGGAGGUUAAGUUUGAUGAGAUAGGUGAAAGGGUUGAAAAAGGUGAGAUUACUCCUGAAGAAGGCUAUGCAUUGUUCAAGGAGUUUGAGGAUGGGGUGGUCGUGGAGUGGGCAAAACUGAUGGAGAAGGAUGCUCCACAGUUUGAUGAGAAUAUGUUGCCAGAUAAGAACAAGAAUUUGGAUGACCCGCCAGGUGAAGGGCCGGUUCUUAGAUGGCAAACAAGGGUGGUCUUUGCUCCUGGUGGUGAUGCAUGGCAUCCAAAAAACAGGAAAGUCAAAUUGGCUGUUACGGUGAAAGAGUUGGGUCUGUCAAAGCAUCAAUUUCGUCGCUUAAGAGAGUUGGUUGGAAACCGCUACCAUCCUGGGAGAGACGAGCUUACAAUAACUAGUGAAAGAUUUGAACACCGCGAGGAGAAUAGGAAGGACUGCCUGAGGACUCUAUUUGGUCUCAUUGAAGAGGCUGGAAAGGCUAACAAAAUGGUAGAGGAUGUUCGAACUUCAUAUGUGAAGCAGAGACUCAAAGCAAAUCCUGCAUUCAUGGAAAGGCUGCGUGCAAAAACCAUGAAGCUAAAAGAAUCUAGCUUGCUGCAUGCAUGACAUAAGCUCUUUCCAGCUGGCAUUUUCUUGUAGAAGAUAAAGGAGAGGUUAUUGAUGUGCCUUCUCUUUGAUAUUUUAGAACGUUUUUCCACAUUCACAAUUAGUACAGGUUUGCAAGGGCAACUCUUACAUGGUCUGGUGCGAAAGAAUUAUCAGUUACUUUUGGUGGCAUCUUCUUAAAAACAAAGUUCUUUCCUUCAUUACAUGGAAGCACUUCAUAUCUGACUUGUGCUUCUCCAUUAACAUCCAUAUAUUGGCAGAAGCUCGAAUUAUGAUAGCCCGGCCGAAUAGAAAGACUGAUCGCUCAACUAUGCUUGCUUUUUCCUGAUUUGAACUCCUUGAAAUUUUGUUUCGGUGAUAGCAUAGGUUCAAGUUUUCAACAUGCUUUAUCUAGCUAGGCUUUGAUAACUUUAGAUACCUUCGGACAAGUGACUUGAUAUAUGUGGUUUUACUCUUAAAUCAUAGAGGUAAUCUUGACCUUUUAAUCCAGUUUGUAUGAAAUUAAUCUA